AUGCCGGGCUCAACAGCCUCUCUCCCCGCGACCUUUGAGGGGUUUCAGCGGCCUGAAGGCCCCCUCGAUGAUGCAAGAGGAAAGCCCAGAGCAGCAGCAGCAGCAGCAGCAGCAGCAGACUCACCUACCUGCGGGCGUGCAUCGUUGCUGCACAGCAAAUGGGGGGGUGGCGGCAGCUAUUCCAGCACAGCUUUGCCGAUGGUUUCAGCUGCAACAAGCGGAGAAGCUCUGGGUAUAAGCAGCAACAUCAACGACAGCAGCAGCAGCAGCAGCAACAGCAGCAACGGCAGCAGCAGCAGAAACGACAGCAGCGGUAGUGGUGUAUUAGGUUUAGUAUUAGCAGCAGCCGUUGCGGUGAUGCCGCAGGGGGGUCCUGAGGAGGUUAUACAGAUGUCUGUACACCUGAAAGGAGAAGCUGCUGCUGCUGCUGCUGCUGCUGCUUUCUCGCCGCUGCAGUCUGCUUUCUUCGCUGCUCUCAUCGUUAUAAAUAUCCUUAUGGGCUGCUGCCAGGGGCUCAUACAGGGCGUGGGCUAUACGCUUGGGGGUUUCAGCUAUGGGGGGGACAGCAGCAGCAGCAGCAGCAGCAGCAGCAGCAGCAGCAAGAACAACAGCAACAACUCGAAUGUUGUACAAAUUCAGCAGCAGCAGUUGCAGCAGCAGCAGCAGCAGCAGAAGGAUGUAGAAGGAGAGCAGCACCAGAUCUAG